CCUAGUGUGCGGAUAAGCACUUACGAUCUCUUGCAUUUUAAGCACAAGAUAACUAGGCUAUCAUGAAUACAUGUCAACUAACGAUAGGUGUUACCCAGUUAUUUGAAGCGUUGUAGUCAUCAUGUUAGCAAAAUGCUAGCUAGCAUAUUUUUCGGACCUAGAGCUCGCUAGCUGGUCAGAGUACUGUAAAACUUCUGUUGGUGAGGAAAAUGUAUUACACUGAGAAGACGGAAAAUGACUGUGGACCCAUAUACAUUCGGGAAAAAGGAAAACUUCGUUGCGUAAAUGAAGCGGUGCGUACAGAGGACAAACCAUCGGGUAGAUCGAAGCCUUUCCGACUGUUCGGGAGAGGAUUUUCUGUGCAGCUGUGCAUCGAAAAUGAAGUUCGGGCCAGUACCAGCACUAAGAGAAAAGAACACUUCAUCUUCACGUACAACGAAGAGGGAAGUCUUCGCUAUUCAGUCAAGUCCCUCUUUAACAUUUCCUUACUGUUCAUAGCGGAAAAUGUUCAGCAUGUCGACUCCCUUAUGGGCUUCCCCGAGCAAAUGGCAGAGCGACUCUUCGUAGCUGCGGAGGCGAAACAGAAAUUUUCAGACCCGGAGUAUGGACCCAGAGCUUUGCAGCUGUUCAGUGAAGCGUACGGGGACCUUGUGCUCAAGUCACUGUGUUUAAGGAACAGGUUUCUCCUUGUGUCAGAAAAGUUGGAGGAAAUUAAAGUGUUCCAUGGUCUUCAGAGUCUAGACCUUUUCGGCUGUAAACUUGGAGACAGCCAUGAGAUUCUUCAACAUCUGUGCUCAGAAGCUCUGUCCAGUCUUAUCCAGUUGUUCUUGGGAGAUAACAAUAUCUCCAACAGAGGCCUUCAAAAGCUGACAGCACCAGCUCGAGUGAUGAAGAGGGGGCUUGCCAACCUUCAGCUUUUAGAUUUGUCCUACAACCCUAUCAGUGAAGAGGUGGUCGGAUAUCUAUCGUGCUUUCCAAAUCUACGAGGGCUGGACAUCUCAGAAACAAACAUGGAGCUUACCGCUUCAUUGCGUCAGGUCCUUCACAACAAGCUUGGUUUUGUCCAUUCUGAGGCCUUGCUACAUGACUUCUGCCAUUCACACUGUAAAACACAAGGCUGGGCAGAACAGAUCAUUAACCAGUGGGAAACUCACAUUUUGGAAUUAUCAAAGCUGAAGACAGACCUACAGCCAAGAACAGAUGCACUUCGCUUCUAUGGUAGACAUAAGUUUGUCCGGGACACACUGAAGGUAGCUCCAGUGGCACUUGCCAGAGGUGACGGCAAAGGGAAGAAGAUUCAGUUUUUCAAACCUUCUUCUAAUCACCAAACCCAACCAAGAGGGAAUACAGGCUGCACGACAAAAUCUGCGUCACAGAACAAAAGAAAAAGAACACCGGACUCUGGGAUUGGGGUCGGCAGCGAUUCUGGGCCCCCUGAAAAGCGGCCAUCUUCAUCUUCUAUUACUGUGGAGGACUGGGACCUGCUAAACAGCUACUGAAGGCAAUACCCAGCAUGCAUUGCCCAGGGAACUGGAGUGACCUCAGAAAAACUGUCAAUGCCAGAAAUUUGCCAACUGUUGGCUUUUGAUGGACAAUAGUUUAUUUUUGCAGUAGCAGACAUAAGUGCUAUGACA